GGCGCACGCGUGGACCAAAUCGGGCAGGGUACGAAUCGGGUAACCACAGUAGGACACUAGUGCGCUAAAUGUUACAGUGCACUUGGCCAGAGGAAAAUAACCCCUAACCCGGAUGUAAACAGUCUCCACGUGUUGUCUCCGUGAAAGAAGGGUGCUGGUGUUUUUACUAACAUGUUUGCAGAGGAGGACUGGACUGAUAACUUGCCCUUUAAUGCACAGGGCCACACUGUAGUGAACACUGAGCCUCUUUUGGGGAAGCACAAGACCAUCAGCAAGCAAUGCCUUAAGCGAACUCUCCAGACCUUAGGCUCAGCCCCAGACUGGGAGUAUACAAUACCUUCUGUUGGUAGUUUUGAUGAAAAUGAAGAAGCUCCAAUACACAUUUUAAAGAAAAAGAAGAAAAGGUGCAAAAAACAGAAGAAAACUUCUGAUACAAGAAGUGAAGAUGUGGGGAGGGAAACAGACAUACUGCAAAAACCUGUGAAGAAGCGACAAGUGAAGCCUAAAUUGGACACAGCCACCAUCGAUAGAAAUUCUAAAAAGUUGCAUAAAGCAGUAGAAGAUUCUGCUGCAAAAAGAAUGAGCCGGCAACAGUGGAAGAAUAAAAUGAAGAGCAAGAGAAAUUGCAAGAAUAAAUUCCUUCUCAAUUCAGCUGCACAUGCAGAUCUUAAAUUGGAGGAAAAUGUGACGCAGACACAGGUCCGCACAACAGCGGAGAAAAUGCAGGAUGAUGAUUCGUCACUUUGGAGAAUGGCAUCAGUGGAGAAGAACAAUAAUGUAGUCUUGAAUAAAAACGCAUAUAAAAAAGCCCAGGUUACUACAAAAAAAGUAAACAAAGACGCACAUCGAUUAACACCUAUAAAACCAGUCAGUGAUGGGUUAAAGACAGAUGAGCAUAAGUGUAAAAAACAAAGUCCUGUAAAAGUGGAUAAAAAGUCUUGGUUCCAGGCUAAGAAAUUGCGUAGCUUGUUAAACAUUAAUGCCACUGAAAGUGAUAAAGCAAGUGAAGCAAAUCUUGAACAGAAAAAAGAACCUUUGGAAAAAGAACAUUUGGAAAAAGACAGUGAAUGUCAAAUGGACCGCUCCAGUGCUUUAAGGUCCCGGAUGGAGAAGCGGUUAGAGUCAGCCCGGUUCCGCUACAUAAAUGAGCAGCUUUACACAUCAACAAGUGGUGAGGCCAAACGUAUGUUUAUGCAGGAUCCUGAUGCCAUCAGGAUUUACCAUAGAGGCUAUACUGAACAAGUGAAACACUGGCCUGCAAACCCAGUGGAUUCCAUCAUUUCCUUUAUUCGGCAAAGAUCAUCUUCUUUGGUAAUAGCAGACUUUGGAUGUGGAGAAUGCAAGAUUGCACAGAGUGUGAAGAACAAAGUGCACUGCUUUGAUUUGGCUCCCGUUUGCGACCUUGUCACUGUCUGUGAUAUGGCCAAUGUGCCACUUGGUGACUCCACAGUUGACAUUGCAGUCUUUUGUCUCUCACUUAUGGGGACCAACCUUGCAGACUUUUUGGCUGAGGCAAACAGAGUUCUGGUGAUGGGCGGCGUCCUCAAAGUUGCAGAGGUUUCCAGCAGGUUUGAUAAUAUACGCCAGUUCAUAGGAGAGUUGUCUCAUCUGGGCUUUAAGGUGGUCAGUAAGGACACGGAAAACAGCCACUUCUACUCCUUUGAGUUUCUGAAGACACACAGUGUUUCAAAAGAUGUAAAGAAAAUAAAGCUUGAACUCAAGCCUUGUUUGUACAAGAAACGGUAGUUGCAUUGAUAAUAGCACUGCAGGGACCGUAAAACAAAAGGCAGGGGUAGCAAUAUAUAACACAUUGUGCUAAUAUGUUAAAGAGCAUUGUUCCUUGUUCCUUGUUGUCAAGUUGAGAAUUUGGAGAAUCAAGACUGCAAACUGUAUGUGUACCGUUACCCAUGAAUUAGUGAGUUUUAUAAAUUCAUUUACUUCAUAAUUUGUAAGGAUUUACUGUAAAAGUUAUCUAAAUAUGUAAUAACUAGUUAUAUAAUAAGUGAUUAUAUAAAUUUAGCUUUAAAGUUAAACUACUCAAAUUUCAUAUUAAAAUGUCAUUCACAAAAAUCAUUAAAUCUUUUGAUUUAAAAAGGU